AUGUCUAUCUCAUCGGGCGCGUACACGAUUACCUCCAAGCUGAACGGCCUCCCCGUCAGCUGUUCGCUUGCAGAGGACAGAUCGAUGACUCCCAAGCGCAUCCUUGUCCUGUUCGAAGACGGCAGCAACUCGGACAAGUCUUGGGACAUCGAGGAAGACGAUGGCGCAUACAUCCUUAAGAGCAAGGGAAAUCCGGUCAUGCCCCUGGAGAGAAAGCUCUUCGCCGAUCUGAGAACGUCUUCACGUACGUACCUAGUACAAACGCCGGUUAUUUGGAUGCUUAAACCUCAGAAUUUCUCCAGUAUCGUGAAUGUCAACACUGAAGAGGGCUGGGCAUUGCCUGAUGAUGCUAAGGCGAUGUGGCAAGUUGACGCAACACUCUUGUCUGUUCCCCCGACCGAUCCCCCUCGGUUCCCUGACAAUGACCUCUUCAUCUUCAAGCGAGUUGAAAGUGACUAG